GCAUCAGCGCGAUAUAUGCGCUCGCGUGUGCCGUGUGUGUGUGUAUGCGCGCGCGCGCGUGCGUGUAUUCACGCGCUGGAAUGGCACGGAUCGGGUCAGUGUGAAAAAGUGGAGGAAGUAUGAAGAUUAUUUUCUGAUAUACAUGGAAGGCCGAGGGAGUAUUAAAGUAUGACCGAGGCGGAUGACGUGGCCCCGCGGUACGACGCCCUGCCGACCGCAAUCAGCCGUCGGCCAGUCGUUCUGUACGUUUUUGACGCGUGUCAUGCGAGGUGCGUCCAACGACGGUCAUCGUGGUGCGUGUCGCGAAAUAAGUCGUUACGAUGCAUCAUUACGCGAACGGCGAGACUCUGUGAUAGAUAGACACUUCCUGUCCAUCGUUUCAUUGGUGGCGAACGUCGAUAUGCCAGUGCACAUUAAUUAAAAGUAUAAUGAGAUCGGAAAGCUCUGAUUUGAAAACCUCGCGUGAACACAGAAGAUCAUCCAGCGGUGAAAUCUAGUGAUUUCUAACAUAUCUUAAACAGGAGAUCUAUCAACAAUUGCAGAAGCAAUUAUCUGUGAUUGUCCGAAACUUUUAAUUCUGUUCAUAAUAAGAUUCUCUAUCAUUGUUACUGAAGUAUCAAAUAAAUACCUCAUUAUUCAUUUAAAUGAUUACUCCUUGAUGGGAUAUGAAUGAUAUUGCAAAUAAAAUGUAUAACUUAAAGUCAAGUCUGCAAAUUAUGAUAUUAUGUAUCAGUAUUCUGUCAUAUGUUUCACAAGUACGAGGAGAAGGUAUUUCGUGUUUCAAGUGUCUUAUGACAUUGAUAAAUCCAGAUGACACAGAUCUGCUUUGUUCCCAUUUUGACGGGAGUGCCAAAUUCCAAGUAUUUUGUCCAACCUCGACGUUUUGUAUGAAGAGAACUGUUCAGUAUCAGUCUAAAACAUCUGUAGUGACCACUGUUCAACGAGAUUGCGCACUACAGAAGUAUACCUCUCGCACUUAUGAUUACAAUGAUCAGCAGUGGUAUAACAAGGAGGAGAUCAUAACAUCUGCAUAUGACGAAGGUUGUUUUAUUGGAGAACACAGAGGUGCACCUACUGGUCCACCUGAAUAUUGUUUCUGUAGUUUUCACUUGUGCAAUUCAUCCCCCCCACAAAUCGAAAUGUUUAGCAAAGUAUGUGGGAUGAUAUUAGCGCUGCUAAUUAUAAGAUUGUUGUAAAACUUUAUAGUUUAUAGCACAAUGUUACUUAAAAAGAAAGUGCAAUUCGUAUAAAAGUUUCAUGUGCAAGAAUGUCUCUUGUUAAUUAUGAAAGUACAGAGAUCCUUCAUAACAAAUUACAAGAAUUAUAUUGCAUAAUACAAAAAUAUACACUAUGUAUUUAUUAAUGAUUAUAAACAACUAAUUUAAUUUUUAUAAUUGUUAAUUUUUUAAAUUUAUUUUUAAAAUGAAUUUGAGAAUAGGUCAAAAAUUUAUUUUUAAUUUUGUGGUUUAUAAAUAUUUCUAUAUUUAUAUUUUGGAAUAUGCUUUUGAAUGAAAAAAUAUCAAUUAUCUUGUUAAAAAUAAUAAUUGAAUUAUCUUAUUUCUCAAAUCAUCUUGUUAAAGAAAAUUAAUUGAAUUCCUGUAUAAAAUAUAUUACUAAUAUAAUCAAAGUAUGAAAAUCUAUUCAUUGCUUGGCAAUAAUUGCCAAUAUUUUGUAUAAAUUUCUGAAAAAAUUACCACAGCUUUUAAUAAAUAUGAGGGACCAUAAAAAAUUAACGAAGAUACUAGAUUGAAUCUUUCCUUAAUUUAUACUAACAAAUAUUUUAUCAGUUCAUAUAUAAGCAUUGCCAAAAACUACUAAAACCAAAACUGUCAUUUAUCUCAUCUUUGUAAACAAAGUGUACUUUGUGCAUGCUUAAAUAUUUAACAUUCAAAUUUGUGCUGUGAAUAUGUAAAUUGUAACUGAUAUUAUCACAGUUAAAAUAUUAAACCCCUACUUUAACAGUAUGUGUGUAUAUUUUCAUAUUUUCAUACAUAUAUACAUAUAAAUUAUGCAAAUUGUUUUGUAAUAACUAAUUAAAAUU